AGCCUAUUCAAAUAAAUAAUAGGCAUUAUCAAAUGUUUGGAUUAGCCACAUGUUGGGUACUACAGUAUUUAAUUGUUGAGAAAAGUAAGUAGGUGUAGUUACGGAUUUGUAACAAUAACAUUUAUGUUGAUUAAUUAAUGUUGAAAACGUAUCUGCACUUCUGCUAUCAAUGUGAUGUGUGCUUUUGGCACGCUUGACAAAAUACCCUAGGUUGCUGACAAGAUGUCACGAAACCGGGUCUGUGUAUUUUGUCUACAUUUGUCUGUAUUUUCUGACUGGAGGACUUUUUUUUCACAACCAGAAUAAAGUAUGAGUGAGAGUAUUAAAACACCUGAAGAACCACAAAUUAGAACAAUACACAUGUUGCUCAUAACUUUAAAUUGUCAUUUAUAAAAGGGGUGCUUGCAUAAGUGAAAGUGUAAUUUGAUCGGUAACGCUUUAUUUUAAGGGGUCUUUAUUACAGUGUAAUUACAUAUGUAAUUAAUUAAACUAACAAUUAUUGUAAUUACUUGUAAUAAUUCACUGUAAUAACAACAUGUAACUGUACGUAUCUGCAGUCUGUAAUUACAGAGGUAUAACAAUGAAUGCAUGUUACCAUGCUUGUUACACAUGUUAAAGUUUUGUGAUAGCACCAUAUUGCUCAGUGCUAUCCGGAAUCCGUGGGACAUUCUUACCCUAAACUUAACCCCUACCCUACCCUACCCUAAACCAAACCAUAACCCUUACGUAACCCUAACCCUUAGCGUAACCAUUUUAAAUAUCAACUCCAGUGGGGUAGGGACAUCCCAAGGAACCCUGAUAGCACGGACCGCAUCAUAAUUCAGCUCAUUGACAUCAUUGCAAUAAAGGGCUCUAGGGUCUGAUUUCCAGGCCCAAUGUGAAAAACAGGUUCACAUACCCCAAAAAAAUCUUAGAAUUGGGCAUUCAUUUAAGGGUGCAUUUUUCAUUUGAUUGUCAAACAAUCACUUCAAAAAGGCGCUCCUGUCGCCUGUAGGGUACCCGCGCACGUUCGUACACGCAUUGUGCUCCUGCAAUUUGAUGAAUGGAAAGAGACAUCCGUUACAAAACACUUUGUGUAUUGUAAACGGUGUGUAUUGUAAACGUGUAUUUUAAUGACAUUCUGCAAUUGUCAUUGGGCUUACACCGCAUGCAUUGAUGCAACCACAGCUGUCCAAGUGCGUCUCGGUCGUUGUCAAAAUGUACAAUUUGUAAUGUGGCUGACAUGCGGUAGUGUUAAAUAAUGGUGUAAAAUAGCCUAUAUUUUUCACGUCAUUUUGUGUUAAUUAUUGUGUUAGGCUCACGUUUUACCGGUACAGCAUACCCCCAAUAUUUAUUUUUGCCGGGAUGCUGUACAAGACCAUACCGGCUUACUUUCACCCCUGGUUAUGGUUAAACUUGUGAAAUAGUCAAUCGUUAAUGGCCUAAUUGUAAGCCUAUUAAGCUUGGUUGAAUAAUGGUUUAUAAAUGCACUUAAAAUGAUCAUAAGACAAACUCUUAUUCCAUCAUGUAACCUUGCAAGGGUUUCACUGUUGAUGAGCAUUCUCACUUUUUAAUAUGAUGCAUUGGUGCAAUUAUUUAUUUAUCCCAGGAAUUAAGGCAUCAAGUCAAGAUCUGCCUAUCUGUGCAACACGCUCUAAAUAAGAAUGACCUCGAACAUGCCCACGUGUUGACACUGGCGUCAUGUGACAGUGCGCAGAGAAUAUGGUCGAGUAGGUCAGUGUGCAAAUGACACUUUCAAAACAACUCGGAAAUCUCCGGGAACUCGGGGAAAAACUAUCUCCGACUGGGAAAAUAGUUUUGAAAGGUCAUCAAACUUAGAAUUACAAGUCGGAAACUCGGGCAUCUUUCUGGAACUCUGACUCUCCGACCUGACGUCAUGAUCUGAUCUGUUUUUUUCCGAGUUCCCCGAUGUCUUGAAAGCACCAAAAAUUCAGACAUGAAAUAAACAAAGUGUUGUAGGUGAAAAACAUUAACACGGGAGAGAAAGUAUGGUUUCCAUGCAAUUUAUUUCGCUUUUUUGGAAACAUGAAUUCUGCUGGAUGAUUUAGCAUAGGUAGUUAGUUGCCUGAUAUUAGUUAGCUAACUGUAACUAGCAAACGUCAGCUCAUGUUUUUGUUUGACCUACCAACUAGGCUAGCUAGCUAGUUACCAUCUAAUAUAGUUUUUUGGGGGAUUAGCUAGCAUGCUAACCUUAACUAACUAGCAAGCUAAAGCUGGCAAUUAUGCUAUGGUCGCUCCUUGCUAGAUAACUAACUAGCUAGAUUGGCUCGAUGGUCUUCCCUGAACCUUGUGUAAAACGUGAGACACACCCAGCAUGUUAGCUAGCUAGGUACUUGAGUAACGUUAGUGCCUUUUCAAUGUAGCUAAUAAUUUAACACUAGAUCAUUUAUCAGCACAGAACAGUGAGACAGAUAUUUCACCGGAUGUAUCAAUGUGAAGCACCCGGUUGGCGUAUCCACUCACUACCAUUAGCCAGAAGUGGGAGAAGAUUGAUUUUGGCCGACAUUCUGAUAAUUUUCUCAUCGAUGAAACAUCUGAUCUCCAUACAGUUUUCUGUUUCCAAAACUAGAAUCUGUAACAAACAGAUUGGACAGCGUUUUGUAGACUUUACUUUUGCCAAUGUUUAACAAAUUGCUUUUAGAAUGAGUGCAAGGGUGAAUUGAGUUAUUGCACACGCGCACUUCACAGAGUAGGCGUACCCUAACGGAAAUAUGCAAAUAAAUGUUACAAUGCGCAAAUAGGAUUGUUAAGGUUUUCUUCCAUUGAAGGAGAAGCGGACCAAAAUGCAGCGUGGUUACUUGUAUACAUCUUUAAUAAAGAUGAAACCACGAACAAAACAACAAACGUAACGUGAAAACCUAAACAGCCUAUCUGGUGCAAACAAACACAGAGACAGGAACACCCAAACACUCAAAGAAUAUGGCUGCCUAAAUAUGGUUCCCAAUCAGAUACAACGAUAAACACCUGCCUCUGAUUGAGAACCACUUCAGGCAACCAUAGACUUUUCUAGAUAACCCCACUAUACCACAAUCCUAAUACCUACAAAAAAAAACAAGAAAAAACACCACAUAAUAAACACAUGUCACACCCGGGCCUGACCCCCCUCCCCCCCAGGUGCGGACUCCCGGCCGCACACCUAAACCCAUAGGGGAGGGUCCGGUGGCGGCUCCGGCGCGGGACGUGGACCCAACUCCAAGAAAGUCUUAGUCCACUUGCAUCGCGUCCUUUGAUUGGCGACCCUCACCGCUGACCUUGGCCUAGUAACCCUCACCAAGGACCCCACUGGACUGAGGGGCAGCUCGGGAAUGAGGGGCAGCUCGGAAUUGAGGUAGCUCGGGACUGAGGGGUAGCUCGGGACUGAGAGGAAGCUCAGGACUGAGAGGAAGCUCAGGCAGGUAGAUGGCUCUGGCAGAUCCUGGCUGGCUGGUGGUUCUGGCAGAUACUGGCUGACUGGCGGUUCUGGCAGAUCCUGGCUGACUGGCGGAACCUGGCUGAAUGGCGGAUCCUGAAGAACCUGGCUGAUCCUGGCAGACUGGCGACUGGCAGCUCCGUGCUGACUGGCGGCUCUGGCUGCUCCAUGCUGACUGGCGGCUCUGGCUGCUCCAUGCUGACUGCCGGCUCUGGCUGCUCCAUGCUGACUGGCGGCUCUGGCUGCUCCAUGCUGACUGGUGGCUCUUGCUGCUCCAUGCAGACUGGCGGCUCUGGCUGCUCCAUGCAGACUGGCGGCUCUGGCUGCUCCAUGCAGACUGGCGGCUCUGGCUGCUCCAUGCAGACUGGCGGCUCUGGCUGCUCCAUGCAGACCGGCGGCUCUGGCUACUCCAUGCUGACCGGCGGCUCUGGCUGCUCCAUGCAGACUGGCAGCUCUGGCUGCUCCAUGCAGACUGGCAGCUCUGGCAGCGCUGGACAGGCGGGAGACUCCGGCAGCGCUGAACAGGCGGGAGACUCCGGCAGCGCUGUAGAGGAGGAAGGCUCUGGCAGCGCUGGACAGGCGAGGCGCACUGUAGGCCUGAUGCGUGGUGCUGGCACUGGUGGUACUGGGCCGAGGACACGUACAGGAAGCCUGGUGCGGGGAGCUGCCACCGGAGGGCUGAUGUGUGGAGGUGGCACAGGAUGGACCGGACCGUGAAGGCGUACUGGAGAUCUUGAGAGCAGGGCUGGCACCAACCGCCCUGGCUGGAUCUUCACCCUAGCCCGGCAGAUGUGAGGAGCUGAGAUGUUGCAUACCGGGCUAAGCACGCGUACUGGGGACACCGUGCGUUCCACCGCAUAACACGGUGCCUGACCAGUACCACGCCCGCCACGGUUAGCACUGCUAUGCGCACUGUAGCGCUGAGCUGGCACAGGAUGUGCAAGGCUAGGGAGGUGCACAGGAGGCCUGGUGCGUGAGGCUGGCCCAAUUUUCACCAGCCGACUAGCACGCACCUCAGGACGAGUAUGGAGCGCUGACCCAGGUGCCAUCAAAUCCCCGACAUGCUCCAACGAAUUCCGUGCCUCAUGCACCAACACAGCAACUCCCUCAUAACUCUCUCCUCCAAUUUCCCCAUUAACUCCUUCACAGUCUCUGCUUCACUCACCUCCAACACCGGCUCUCCAGUGAAUUCCUCCUUGGCUCCUUAAGAUAAACGGGGAGUUGGCUCAGGUCUGACUCCUGACUCUGCCACACUCUCCCUGUGCCACGCCCCAAGAAUUUUUGGGGGCUGACUCUCGGGCUUCCAUCCACGCCGCCGUGUUUGUCUCUUCAACUCCAUUCUCCUAUAACCCUCCUCGCACUGCUCCAGUGAAUCCCAGGCGGGCUCCAGCACUCUCCCUGGGUCGACCGCCCACCUGUCUAUUUCCUCCCAAGUCGUAUAAUCCAGACUUUGUUGCUCCUGCUGCCGCUGCCUGUCACCACGCCGCUUGGUCCUUUUGUGGUGGGUGAUUCUGUUACGGUUUUCUUCCGGCGAAGGAGAGGCGGACCAAAAUGCAGCGUGGUUAUUUUGAUAAAUGUUCAAUAAAAGAAUAAACACAAACAAUACAAAACAAGAAACGUGACGUGAAAACCUAAACAGCCUUAUCUGGUACAAACUAACACUGAGACAGGAACAAUCACCCACGAAACACUCAAAUAAUAUGGCUGCCUAAAUAUGGUUCCAAAUCAGAGACAACGAUAAACACCUGCCUCUGAUUGAGAACCACUUCUGGCAACAAUAGACUUUUCUAGAUAACCCCACUAUACCACAAUCCUAAUACCUACAAAAAAAACAAGACAAAACACACCACAUAAUAAACCCAUGUCACACCCUGGCCUGACCAAAAUAAUAAAGAAAACACAAAAUACUAAGACCAGGGCCUGACAAGGAUCUCACUAGCUUGUGCUUGUUCUGCCCUCUGAUUAAUUUGCUCCAAUUGGAAACGACAGGCACUAAUCUAUCUCGGGAUAGAUAAACAAGUCUUUGUUAUUAGUGUUAGCAAGCACUAAUAUGGCUAGCGGGAUAUCACAACAAACUAGCUAGGAAGUUAUGUAGGCCAAGCUAUGCCUAAAUCAUAAUGACGAUAACCAGAGGUAAUAGUGUCUAUGCUAAAUUGUCAUAAAUAUUCUUCUUCUCUACCACAGAUACCUACAAUUUAUUUUUUCUUUAUUUUAUAUAACCUUUAUUUAACCAGGUAGGAUAGUUGAGAACUAGUUCUCAUUUAAAACUGCGACCUGACCAAGAUAAAGCAAAGCAGUUCGACACAUACAACAACACAGUUACACAUGGAAUAAACAAACAUACAGUCAAUAAUACAGUAGAGAAAAAAAGUAUAUAUAAACAGUGUGUGCAAAUGAGGUAAGAUAAGGGAGGUAAGGCAAUACAAUAGGCCAUAGUGGCGAGGUAAUUACGAUAUAGCAAUUAAACACUGGAGUGAUAGAUGUGCAGAAGAUGAAUGUGCAAGUAGAGAUACUGGGGUGCAAAGGAGCAAAAUAAAUAAAUAAAUACAGUAUGGGGAUGAGGUAGUUGGAUGGGCUAUUUACAGAUGGGCUAUGUACAGGUGCAAUGAUAUGUGAGCUGCUCUGACAGCUGGUGCUUGAAGUUAGUGAGGGAGAUAAGAGUCUCCAGCUUCAGCGAUUUUUGCAGAUCCAACCAUAAUAUCAAGGUCUCUGCUUACAAGAAAUAAACAGAUGAAGACAAAGACAGUUGUCAGUUUCCAUUUUGUAAUGUUAAAAAUGGAAGAAAGAGACAAUCCGGUUUUUCUGAAUUAGCUGUCUAGGCCAGUGUUUCCCAACUCCAGUCCCCAACAGUAUUUACAUUUUUAUUGAAGCCCCGGACAAAUACACCUGAUUCAACUUUUCAACUAAUCAUCAAGUCCUCUACCUCCCUUAUCCUACCUCAGUUGCACACACUAUAUAUCAUUUUCUAUUGUAUUAUUGACUAUGUUUGUUUAUUUCAUAUGUAACUCUGUGUUGUUGUUUGUGUUGCACUGCUUUGCUUUAUAUUGGUCAGGUCGCAGUUGUUAAUGAGAACUUGUUCUCAACUAGCCUACCUGGUUAAACAAAGGUGAAAACAAAUUAAAUGACAAUGAUCUAUGGUUCUCACCACACUGUAGGCUACAGAUUUAUGUUAUUGAGUAGGGCUAUAUCUUUGUUUUGUCCAAUUAAUAAAUGUAUUAACAAUAAAUAAAAAAUCAUUAUUAUUAUUAUUAUUUACCAGUUAAGGUACACCAAACCAUUUUUGAUGUACACAGAAGACCAUUAUUAGCAUGUUUUAACCACUCCAAUAAAAAUGGCAGAUUAUCAGAUACUCAACAAGGUCUGAUUUCAUUAUUACUGACACAGGAAAUGGUAAAUAUAUUAUCUCCAAUGUAUCGUCCAUGUAAAAAAACUAUCUGAUUAGGUAAGGGGCCUCCAAUUGUUUUAAUGGACUGGAUCUUCAUAAGACAAGUCCUGGAAGCAAUAGAACACUAUGAAAAAUCUGGGAACCAGACCUGGUAUUCAUAGCUGACUUUGAAAAGGCUUUUGAUAAAGUAUGACUGGAAUUUAUAUAUAAAUGCCUGGAAUAUUUCAAUUUAAGAAAAUCUCUUAUACAAGGCGUUAAAGUUAUGUAUUGUAAACCUAGGUGUAAAAUAGUAAAUAAUUGCUACUUCUCAGAAAGUUUUAAAUUGUCAAGAGGAGUAAAACAAGGUUGCCCACUAUCAGCAUAUCUAUUUAAUAUGGCCAUCGAAAUGUUAGAUGAUUAAAAUCAGGUCCAACAAUAAUACCAAAGGCCUGGAAAUCCAGGUCUUAAAAACAAAGGUGUCAUUGUACGCUGAAGAUUCAUGUUUUCUUUUAAAUCCACAAUUUGGAUCCCUCCUGAGCCUCAUAGAUUAUCUAGAUACUUUUUCUAACGUCUCUGGAUUUGUCAUGCAUAGGUGUAAUAGGUGGCAGGGAAGUCAGGCGCAGGAGAGUCAAACUGAGUGUAAAAUGGAGUCUUUUAAUAAAGUUCCACGAGUAUGCUCCAUAACAAUAAAUGUACAAACAUGGGUACGAGGACCCGAUGCGCACCUAUGCAACAAUCACACUAUACUGACAAUAAAACAAUCUCUGACAAAGACAUGAGGGGAAACAGAGGGUUAAAUACACAACAGGUAAUGAAUGGGAUUGAAAACAGGUGUGUGGGAAGACAAUACAAAACCAAUGGAAAAUGAAAAAAGGAUCAAUGAUGGCUAGAAGACUGGUGACGUCGAACGCCGAGCACCGCCCGAACAAGGAGAGGCAACGACUUCGGCAGAAGUCGUGACAGGAUUACAACAAAAUUUAUAAUAUGUUUACAAUAGUACCGGAUCUGGGAUCGUGACUAAAGCCUCAGGCUCAUUAGCAUAACGCAACGUUAACGAUUUCUGAAAAUCGCAAAUAAAAUGAAAAUAAUGCGCCUGCUCUCAAGCUUAGCCUUUUCUUAACAACACUGUCAUCUCAGAUUUUCAAAAUAUGCUUUUGAACCAUAGCAAUUGACUAAUUUGUGUAAGAGUAUGCUAAGCUAGCUUAGCAUUUUGAGUAGCAUUUAGCACGCAACAUUUUCACAAAAACCAGAUAACCAAAUAAAUAAAAUCAUUUACCUUUGAAGAGCUUCGGAUGUUUUCAAUGAGGAGACUCUCAGUUACAUACCAAAUGCGCAGUUUUUCCUGAAAGCGUCUGUGUGUAGGAGAAAUCGUUCCGUUUUGUACAUCACAUUUGGCUACCGAAACGAACCGAAAAUUCAGUCACCUACAACGUCAAACUUUUUCCGAAUUAACUCCAUAAUAUCGACCGAAACAUGGCAAACGUUGUUUGGAAUCAAUCCUCAAGGCGUUUUUUCACAUAUCUCUUCAUUGAUAUAUCGUUCGUGGAAGCCUGCAUUCUCCUCUGAAUUCUGUGGAAAAAUACUUGCAGCUGACUUUUGCGCACCAAUUUCAGCGCAGGACACCGGGCGGACACCUGGUAAAUGUGGUCUCUUAUGGUCAAUCUUCCAAUGAUAUGCCUACAAAUACGUCACAAUGCUGCAGACACCUUGGGGAAACGACAGAAAGGGCAGACUUACUCCUCUCGCAUUCACAGCCAUAUAAGGAGACAAUAGAAAACAGAGCCUCAAAAAUCCUGCUCAUUUCCUGGAUGCCGUCUCAUCUUGGUUUUGCCUGAAGCUCACGUUCUAGGGCACGCACAGAAAAUAUCUUUGCAGUUCUGGACACGUCAGAGUGUUUUCUUUCGAAAGCUAUCAAUUAUAUGCAUAGUCGAGCAUCUUUUUGUGACAAAAUAUCUUGUUUAAAACGGGAACGUUUUUCAUCCAAAAAAUGAAAUUGCGCCCCUAGAGUUUCAACAGGUUAACUCUUUAGUCGUAUCCCAGUUUACCUAUUUGCUUAUGGCCUUCCCUACACCUAGCGACUUGUUCAUCUCCACCCCGCUAAUAAUCAACACUGGGGCCCCACAAGGGUGCGUUCUGAGCCCUCUCCUGUACUCCCUGUUCACGCACAACUGCUUGGCCAUGCACGCCUCAAACUCAAUCAUCAAGUUUGCGGACAACACUACAGUGGUAGGCUUGAUUACCAACAACGACGAGACGGCCUACAGGGAGGAACAACGACGAGACGCCCUACAGGGAGGAGGUGAGGGCCCUCGGAGUGUGGUGUCAGGAAAAUAACCUCACACUCAAUGUCAACAAAACAAAGGAAAUGAUUGCAGACUUCAGGAAACAGCAGAGGGAGCACCCCCCUAUCCACAUCGACAGGACAGUAGUGGAGAGGGUAGUAAGUUUUAAGUUCCUCGGCGUACACAUCACGGACAAACUGAAUUGGUCCACCCACACAGACAGCGUUGUGAAGAAAGUGCAGCAGCGCCUCUUCAACCUCAGGAGGCUGAAGAAAUUUGUCUUGUCACCAAAAGCACUCACAAACAUCUACAGAUGCACAAUCGAGAGCAUCCUGUCGGGCUGUAUCACCGCCUGGUACGGCAACUGCUCCGCCCACAAACGUAAGGCUCUCCAGAGGGUAGUGAGGUCUGCACAACGCAUCACCGGGGGCAAACUACCUGCCCUCCAGGACACCCACACCACCCGAUGUCACAGGAAGGCCAUAAAGAUCAUCAAGGACAACAACCACCUGAGCCACUGCCUGUUCAUCCCGCUAUCAUCCAGAAGGCGAGGUCAGUACAGGUGCAUCAAAGCAGGGACCGAGAGACUGAAAAACUUCUAUCUCAUGGCCAUCAGACUGUUAAACAGCCACCACUAACAUUGAGUGGCUGCUGCCAACACACUGACUCAACUCUAGCUCACUUUAAUAAUGGAAAUGGAUGGAAAUUGAUGUAAAACAUGUAUCACUAACCACUUUAAACAAUGCCACUUAAUAUAAUGUUUACAUACCCUACAUUACUCAUCUCAUAUGUAUAUGUAUAUACUGUACUCUCUAUCAUCUACUGUAUCUUGCCAUCUUUAUGUAAUACAUGUAUCACUAGCCACUUUAAACUAUGCCACUUUUAUGUUUACAUAACCUACAUUACUCAUCUCAUAUGUACAGUGCCUUGCAAAAGUAUUCGGCCCCCUUGAACUUUGCGACCUUUUGCCACAUUUCAGGCUUCAAACAUAAAGAUAUAAAACUGUAUUUUUUUGUGAAGAAUCAACAACAAGUGGGACACAAUCAUGAAGUGGAACGACAUUUAUUGGAUAUUUCAAACUUUUUUAACAAAUCAAAAACUGAAAAAUUGGGCGUGCAAAAUUAUUCAGCCCCUUUACUUUCAGUGCAGCAAACUCUCUCCAGAAGUUCAGUGAGGAUCUCUGAAUGAUCCAAUGUUGACCUAAAUGACUAAUGAUGAUAAAUACAAUCCACCUGUGUGUAACCAAGUCUCCCUAUAAAUGCAUCUGCACUGUGAUAGUCUCAGAGGUCCGUUAAAAGCGCAGAGAGCAUCAUGAAGAACAAGGAACACACCAGGCAGGUCCGAGAUACUGUUAUGAAGAAGUUUAAAGCCGGAUUUGGAUACAAAAAGAUUUCCCAAGCUUUAAACAUCCCAAGGAGAACUGUGUAAGCGAUAAUAUUGAAAUGGAAGGAGUAUCAGACCACUGCAAAUCUACCAAGACCUGGCCGUCCCUCUAAACUUUCAGCUCAUACAAGGAGAAGACUGAUCAGAGAUGCAGCCAAGAGGCCCAUGAUCACUCUGGAUGAAGGUGGGAGGUGGGAGAUGGGAGACUCUGUCCAUAGGACAACAAUCAGUCGUAUAUUGCACAAAUCUGGCCUUUAUGGAAGAGUGGCAAGAAGAAAGCCAUUUCUUAAAGAUAUCCAUAAAAAGUGUCGUUUAAAGUUCGCCACAAGCCACCUGGGAAACACACCAAACAUGUGGAAGAAGGUGCUCUGGUCAGAUGAACCCAAAAUUGAACUUUUUGGCAACAAUGCAAAAUGUUAUGUUUGUCGUAAAAGCAACACAGCUCAUUCAUCUGAACACACCAUCCCCACUGUCAAACAUGGUGGUGGGAGCAUCAUGGUUUGGGCCUGCUUUUCUUCAGCAGGGACAGGGAAGAUGGUUAAAAUGGAUGGGAAGAUGGAUGGAGCCAAAUACAGGACCACCUGGGGUGACUAGGGUGGCUGGAGUCUUUGACAAUUUUUAGGGCCUUCCUCUGACACCGCCUGGCAUAGAGGUCCUGGAUGGUAGGAAGCUUGGCCCAAGUGAUGUACUGGGCCGUACGCCCUACCCUCUGCAGUGCCUUGUGGUCGGAGGCCGAGCAGUUACCAUACCAGGCAGUGAUGCAACCUGUCAGGAUGCUUUCAAUGGUGCAGCUGUAGAACCUUUUGAGGAUCCGAGGACCCACGCCAAAUCUUUUAAGUCUCCUGUGGGGGAAUAGAUUUUGUCGUGCCAUCUUUACGACUGUCUUGGUGUGCUCGGACCAUGUUAGUUUGUUGAAGUCCAAAAGGCUUCUAAACAACUUCUACCCCCAAGCCAUAAGACUCCUGAACAUCUAAUCAAAUGGCUACCCAAACUAUUUCCACCCCCCCCCCCCCCCCUUUACGCUGCUGCUACUAAACUGUUAUUAUCUAUGCAUAGUCACUUUAAUAACUCUACCUACAUGUACAUUUGACCUCAAUUACCUCAACUGGUGCCCCCGCACACUGACUCUUUACCAGUUCCCCCUGUACAGUAUAUAGCCCCGCUAUUGUUAUUUGACUGUUGCUCUUAAAUUAUUUGUUACUUUUAUUUAUUUUUUGUAGGUAUUUUUCUUAUAACUGCAUUGUUGGUUAAUUAAGAGCUUGUAAGUAAGCAUUUCACUCUAAGGUCUACACACCUGUUGUGACAAAGGCAUCAAAUAACAUCAAAUGUAAUUUAAUUUGAUGUUACUCAGGAAUCACACCUGGAAGCACCUGCUUUCAAUAUACUUUAUAUCCCUCAUUUACUCAGUUUCCUUUGUUUUGGCAGUAACCUGUAUUUCAUAUUCAAUAGGAAUAUUGUCCAUGAAGAUUCUCUGUCACAAAUUAGUUAUGUUUAUAUGUUGUUAUUCCUUUAUGAAAUACAGGUGCUCCAGCAAUAGGUAGAUAUAUGUGGGUUAAGUGCAGGCCAGACGCCACAAAUCCCAACUGUGAGACACAGAGGGGUCCAUGGAUGGACUUGCCUGGGCCUCCUGACAGACUCCCUCCAUUUGCAGUAAAGGAUAUAGUGCUGGAAGAGGAUGGCUCAGAGCUAGAGCAGUCAGGCGAGGGUUCUGACACUGGAAUCCUCUUCACUGAGCAGGGCUCUGGCGACCAGUUGGCCAGCGCAGAUAUGGACGGGAUUGACUACUCUGACUUUGUUUACCCAGAGAAAAUGACCAUGGAUCAGGCUCUGCCUCGUGCUCGGGAAUUGAAAGAGGAUCACCUGAUCCUGUAGCCUGCCAGAAUGCAAAAUAUUGAAAUGUUGAUGUUAAUCCAUUUGUGUAAAAAGAAUUGGCUCUUGCAACCUCUCAAGUUUACAGUAGCACAUGCUUUUUGAUCCAGUUAUUGAUGCUUGGCUGUGUAAAAUUGUAUUUAAUCUGAUUUAGGUAACUGAAGUUUAGUUAUUUUCCCAUGGAACCAGAGAUUAAAUUAGUCUUCCAUGUGUUUUUUUCUGUAUUUUUAUUAUUAUUUAUAAUACCAGCCAAGAAUGUUAAUAAUUGUAUUUUUAAACAUGAUUUUCAGGGGUAUAUCAUGCUUUUAUUGUUUUACAUUUUAGUCAUUUAGCAGACGCUUUAAUCCAGAGUGAUUUACAGUAGUGAGUGCAUAUAGUUGUUUACAUUUUAACACUGGUCUCCUGUGGGAAUCAAACCCACAACCCUUGCAUUGCAAGCACCAAGGUCUACCAACUGAGCCACAAUGAAAACUAUAAGAUAUAUUGUGAAACACUCCGUUUUCAAAUAUACUUUAUUCAGAAUUUCCACGAUGGUCACAAUCUAAUAUGAUAUCAUUCCGCACUUAUAUUUUCACACCCGAGCAAAAUGUUUUGACAAUUUGAAGGAUUAAAUAAACAUAUGUUUUAAUCAUCCAAUGAUUUAUAACUCAAAUACUGUUUUAGAGAGGAUAUGAGCUCCCUAUGCUUCUGUAGCGGACAUGAGUCGGGCUUAUGGUCUCGUAAUGACGUAGCUCUGCCUGUGACUUCAGAAUCAGUCACACUCAACACCACAUGGUAUUCCCUGUUAGUCUAAUGGUCAAUACAUUGGUUUCUCCUGUGGGAGACCAUGGUUUAGAUCCAGUAGCAGUGGGUGCCGUUUAAGAUGAGGGAGAACGAUUAUUUUUCUUAUGAGCAUGGCCUUAUUUCAAUUACAGCAUAUUGGAUGACUGUCAUUCAUAUUCCAUUCACCCAGCUCAAAGUAACAUCGAUAGGUUUAGGCUACUACAUGAAACUCAAAUUUUCUCUACACCCAUCAGACGGAUGCUACAAAUGUUUCACUAUUUAAAUUUGAAUGAAAUUCACUGAGGAUGGUCCUCCCCCUCCACGGUUCAGAUCCCCACAUGACACUUCCACCACACUGUGUCAUUUCCUGAACUGUCCAUAGUCUGUUAUCACACCCUUGUGUUGAAUAUUUCCCUGAGCUUCGUCUGUAGAGUUUCUCAUGACUUAGAAAACCUCCUGUUACAAAAUAUAUUAGCCUGUCUUGAGUUAGUAAGCGGCAAAUGCACUUGCCUCUCUUUAGCAAAACUUUCCAGAUGAGAAUGCAGGAUUAAAACACAAGACUGUAUUGUUAUUUUUAGUACACACAUAGUAGUGCUCAGGUUUCACUAGUGUUUUUGUAUAUUUAGCUUAAAGCUAUAUGUCAAACUAUAAUUUUGAUCUCACAGACUGUCGGUCUUUGCAUUCAUAGAUCCAUCUUUAAAUUUGAGAGUGGUUACAUUUCUCCAGGCUGAAUAAGGAAUUAAGGAUUGUGCAUUUAAAGGUGCAAGCCCGCUCCACCUAUCCAUAUGACUUUAGGUCACAUGAUAGCUCAUGGAUUUUAAAGUGUGAUGUUUGCAACAAGAGGAUUUACAGUGCACAUUUCUCUGUCAAAAUAAAAGUUUACUGAGUAACGCUGGAUGGUCACACAGUGCUAUAUGUAUCAGUCAAGUGAUAUGAAUAGGGAUAAUCUAAACCUCUUCAAAAGAUAGGUACUGUAAACAAUAGAGAUAUUGCCAAAACCUUCAGAAAUGUAUUGUCAUCCGCAAACAGUGCGUGUUAAUUUACAUAUAUUAAUGUUCUUGAAUGCUCCUUUCCAGGUGAAAGUGAUUUUUAGCCUAUGUGUCACGCCUUGGUCUUAGUAUUUUGUGUUUUAGAUAAUUAGUUGGUCAGGCCAGGGUGUGACAUGGGUUUAUGUUAUUGUGUUGUUGUAUUGGGGUUUUUGUAGGCAUUGGGAUUGUGGUUGAUUAGGGGUGUGUUUAGUAUAGGUUUGGCUGCCUGAGGCGGUUCUCAAUCAGAGUCAGGUGAUUCUCGUUGUCUCUGAUUGGGAACCGUAUUUAGGUAGCCUGGGUUUCACUUUGUAUUUCGUGGGUGAUUGUUCCUGUCUCUGUGUAGUUUCACCAGAUAGGCUGUAAUUAGGUUUCACGUUCCGUUUUGUUGUUAUUUAUUUAUAUCAGUUAUUUCAUGUACCGCGAUUCAUUUGUUUCAUUAAAAAACAUGAGUAACCAA